AUGUUUAUAAGAGGACCUAGUGGGGUGCUCGGAUCUGGCACCGGUGUUACUGCUAGCUCUUGUCUGGCCAGUCUCCAUGAAGACACUCUUGGAGCACAUUGGAAAUCUGCAUUGGCCCAGUACGUUGCACUUGAGCUGAGUCGACCUGCCAGUGGUUCGGGAUUCUCAGUGAGUACAGGGCUCAUCUCCACCACUGGUUCUGGCACUGGCUAUGCUUCGGUAGCAGCUUCCUCCCUCUUCGGUGGCAAUGUGGGGAAUUCUGUCGGCAGCAGUGGCUUUAUCUCCGAUCAGGACGUUCUACCCUUCUUAGCACCAGGCUUGCUAGCUGACUUCCUUCCCCCCCCUGGAUCACGAUAUUUUGCUGCAGCCCGAGGAGUAGCUACCACUUCUUCUGUCUUUUCUGAGAACAGUUCUGGAGUUUUCACUACUAACUCAGCUACUGGAUAUAAUUCGAUUCAUGGUCAGCCCAGCGUCCGUGGCCCAGUAACUACAUUCUCUUUGACAAGCUCGACCAAAACUAAAGCAUUUUUCCAGCUGGCGACAGUCUCCUCAGGCACCGGAAAUGCUUGUGCUCCGUCAGGACCUGUCGUUUAUGUUUGCGACCUCAUUGGCCUGCACUUGCCAAGUUUUCGAUACAAUGGCCCCAAGGCAGCUCAAAGGCGUACCUGCUCCUACCUUGUGAGUGCCUCCUGA